AUGAAAAUUGAAGGGAGGACCUUUGUGAUAUCCGGAGGGCAACUCAGGGCUUCGGGGCUCGGCCGAGCAUGUGUAGAGGAUAUCUGCCGAGCUGGGGGGUAUGUGGCUGUUCUGGAUAUGAACGAGGAGCUUGCUCAGGAGCUGGUCAAAGAGAUCGGAGGAGGAAAAGUCAAAUUCUUUCAAACGAACGUGCUAGAGACGGAGAGUAUCACGGCUGCUGUCCAAGGUGCUCUGGCCUGGUCAAAAGAGACUGGAAAGGAGAUUGGCGGGGUAAUUGCCGCGGCAGGGGUUUCUACUCCAGCGAAGAUUAUCGACCGUAAUGGAAACCCCUUCAACCUCGAUGAUUUCGACUUCGUGAUGAACGUCAACGUGCGAGGGACCAUCGACCUCAUUCGCCAAUGCCUUCCACACAUGGCCAAGGUCACUCCCGUAGGCCCAGACGGCGAGCGCGGAAUUGUAAUUAUGGUCGCUUCAUCCGCCGCCUUCGACGGCCAGCCUGGCCAAGUCGCAUACAGCGCCUCAAAAGGCGCAAUAGCUUCUCUCACUUUGCCGAUGACGCGUGACCUCGCUCGUUAUGGUAUCAGAGUCGUUACUAUCGCACCCAGUCUCUUCGAUUCAAGGAUGACGGCGAUGAUGUCUGAUAAAGUGCGCGCAAGUCUGACUAGAGUUAUGGAGUUUCCUUUACGACCAGGGCAACCGCACGAGUUUGCACAGUUAGUUAGACAGGGAAUAGAGAAUAUCAUGCUGAACGGCGUGGUGCUCCGCCUCGAUGGCGGCAUGCGGAUGCCUAGUAAGAUGUAA